AUGUCCUUGGAGCGCGGCAUACCAGCCCGCGCCCGUCUGCUCACCAAAGAUGAAGAGCUGGGAAAGCGCGAUGACGACUUCACACCUGCCCGAUCACGUUCCGCCUGCAUAUCGACCAUAUUGCCCUGGAGAUGGAGAAAGAGGCGGCUGUUUGCGGGCAUUGCGCUGAUCGCAGUGAUAUACCUCUUCAUACAGAACCUCCCUACCGAUCUUGCUGAGAUCAACCGGCAAGCUGGCCUGCAGUCCGGGAGAUAUACUCCAGAUGGUACCCGCGACACACGAUACACGGCGGCAUACGAUCCCUACAAGUCGGUGGCCCACGAGGAGCCUAGUGGACCUCCUCCGCGCGAUAAGUCGAUCGAGGAUGCUUCCGAUAAGCACUACUACAAUGGCAUCGUCAGGUACUACAAGCUGGCCGUGAGCUUGCACAAGAUCUCGAGGACGAUGGGCUCCUUGGCGCAGAAUCGCAACAUCCUGUUCGCCGCAUCCUCGACGAAGAGCUUGGCUAAUUUGGUACCAAUGGCGUGUGAGAUGGCAAGGGCCGAUCGGAGCCAUGCCCACGUUGCACUGUUUGGCAGAAGUACGAUACCAAUGGACGAUAUACUGUCAAUCAACGGCAUCGAUGAGGAGGACUGCCCGGUGUAUUGGCAUGAUGCGCGCAGUGACUACGCCGAGUACAGCAGUGAUGCUCGCGUAGAAGCUUCAGUCAAGGGUGCCAUGAAGCACAUCCAGGACUUCAUGCACCCACAGGCCAUCAUUGUCGAUUCUGCUCGCCAAGAGGAUGCGUACUUUUCUAGAGCCAUCAAGACUGCGGCGAAGAAUAUUGGCAAAGCGUUGAUCGAGAUACCCUCUGGCCGCUACGAACAGUUCAUGUGGCUGACCAGAUUGGAUGCUGCCAGCUUGAGCGCGUGGCACAUACCCAGUAUCGAGAUUCUGAUUCAUGCCCCCAACGACAGGUCUGGUCGUCUGAUCCGCCUCUUGCAGAGCUUGUACAACGCCGACUACAACGGCCUUCACAUUCCGAGGUUGACAAUCGAGCUCCCUUCCAAGGUCGAGCAUUUCUUGGGCAACUAUCUGGCUGGCUUUAACUGGCCACCUGGAAGGACAUUCGAAGAGUCAAGCCAACUUACACUGCGCCAUCGCAUUCCAUCUUCACGUACUAGCUCAGAGCAGGCCUCUAUUCGGUUCGUGGAGUCUUUCUAUCCUAGCAAUGGUCAGCAAUCGCAUGUUCUGGUGUUGUCUCCGCAGGCAGAGGUCAGUCCAUUGUAUCUUCAGUACCUACACUAUCUCAUCCUGGAAUAUCACCACACAGCAUGGGGCUCACCUGGCUCCGAGGAUCUGCUCGGCUUCUCGCUUGACGUACCUUCCUUGUUCCUCGAUGGCAAGCCAGGCUUCGUCCCACCGACGAUCGCGAACAUGACCUAUAGCAAGUACGAUGAUACUGUCGACUCUGACGCUCCGUCUCCAUUCCUCUACCAAGCCGCGUCGUCCACUGCGAGCUUGAUAAUCGGCGACAAGUGGCUUGAAUUUCACGACUUUCUGGCCAAACGCACCCCAGCAUCCCACAGCCAGAAGACCGGCAAAAAGACGAGGAAGCUGGCAUCUGAGGCCGAACCCGCGUGGAUUGAGUACCUACUUGAGUUGAUGAGGGCACGAGGCUGGACAAUGCUGCAUCCCGCCGCCAGCUUUGUCACGAUCCACAACGAGUUGGCCCAAGUCCCAGAAGAGUAUGCACGACCUCCAGCAGACGACAAGGAAGCGACAGAGGCUUUCAAGAAGUCUGAGCUUCCGGAGGAGGAGCCAUACGUCCUGAAUGCCGAGCCCCCUGUCCCUGCGGAGCACGUAGAGGCUGAUCCUACGAGACAUCUCCAGCCUCUGCAUCAGAUGCUCCCGUUUAACGGCGAGCUUCAAGACGUGACGCAACUGCCUUGCGUAGGCCAUGGCGGUGAGCUUAUCACAUUCGAAGAGCUUGCAGAACGCACGCAAAAGUACAAGCCGGAGUUUCGUGCUUCUAUUGGGGGCUGCAAGGCUGCUGAAGCCAGUCGCCAACGUGUCGCGCCGAUGAAGAGGACGGACGACCUCUUUUGUUUACCCGGUCUCGAUGUGCGAUAUCUUGAUGAUGAAGAGGAUGUGGCCGCUCACGUCGCGGAAGCGAUCGCUGACAUGACGGAUACCGAUGAAUAA